GGACGUGGAAACUCAUUUUAUUGAGCGCUAUAAAGAUGACCUCUUUGUCGAUCCUUAUGAUCUUUUGAUGGCAAAAGAAGGAUAUGAAGCUGCUGGACUUAAUGCCCGUCUAGCUGCUGCUUGUAUCGUCAGCUUGGAACAUUCUAAACUCACUGAAAAUUCUUCUGGGAAUGAUUUAUAUUCAGUAUAGAGUCCUCAUUGUGCUAGGCGCACAAUGGAGGUUGAGUGGGAGAAUCAAUAUGAUAGCAGUGUCUCCAAGCCGUUUGCACUUACAAAAUCACCUACCAGCAAGAUGGGGCCUUUUUAAUUGAGCUUUAUUGAAACAUGGAUUUAACAAAUGGGGGCGGGGCCGGCAAAGCUCCGAUAGCGAAUAAUUCCGGUACCGAAGUAGCUGAUAUUGUUUCUGGUAAGUCUAGCAAUCCCCAAGAGAAUGAUUUGGGAUCAAAGUUGGGGAUAGGAAGCAAAAGCAACAAGGAUAUGGUAUUUCGUGCUGAUAAGAUUGAUUUCAAGAGCUGGGAUAUUCAGCUGGAUAGACACUUGAGCAGGGCAUGGUCAAGGGACAGGGAAGUGCCUGCCAAAAAGGAAGAAUGGGAGAUUAACUUGUCUAAACUUGAUAUCAGAUAUGUUAAAGCUCAUGGCACUUAUGGUACUAUUUACAGAGGAAACUAUGAUGGCAAAGAUGCUGCAGUGAAAGUGCUUGAUUGGGGGGAGGACGGUGUUUCCUCCGUUGCUGAAAUUGCUGCUCUUAGAGCAUCUUUUCGCCAGGAAGUUGCUGUAUGGCAUAAGCUUGACCAUCCCAAUGUUGCCAAGUUUUAUGGAGCUUCAAUGGGGACCUCCAACCUUAAAAUCCCUCCCAAAAGCCCAUCAUUUGACAGUAACCAAUCUUUUCCUUCAAGGGCUUGCUGCGUUGUUGUUGAGUAUCUUCCAGGUGGAACGCUAAAGGGAUUUUUAAUCAAAAACAGGAAAAAGAAACUUGCAUUUAAGGUUGUGAUUCAACUUGCUUUGGAUCUUUCUAGAGGUUUGAGUUAUCUACACUCCAAAAAGAUUGUACACCGUGAUAUUAAAACGGAGAACGUGCUGUUUGAUGCUCAGAAGACUCUCAAAAUUGUUGAUUUUGGCGUUGCUCGAGUCGAAGCGCAGAAUCCACGGGAUAUGACUGGAGAAACUGGCACGCUCGGUUACAUGGCUCCCGAGGUCCUUGAUGGUAAGCCUUAUAAUCGAAAAUGUGAUGUCUACAGUUUUGGUAUAUGUUUGUGGGAAACAUAUUGCUGCGAUAUGCCUUACCCAGAUCUCAGUUUUGCUGAAAUUUCUUCUGCAGUUGUACGCCAGAAUUUACGACCCGAAAUCCCUAGAUGUUGUCCGAGUUCAUUUGCAAGUAUCAUGAAAAGAUGUUGGGAUGCAAAUCCAGAAAGGCGACCCGACAUGGACGAGGUCGUAAACUUGUUGGAAGCCAUCGAUACGAGCAAGGGAGGUGGCAUGAUUUCUGAAGAUCAGGCUACUCGUUGUUUUUGUUUCGGCAUACCUCGUGGUCCAUAGAUAAAGAACUAUUAUAUAGAAGUACGUAGUAGUGCAAAUUAGCCAAAGGUGUGCGUUCGUGAGCCGAACUCAAAGUUUCAAUCAAUUGUUGCCCACCUACUCAAAACUAAGAGGGGAUGCCGCGGCUUCUACGAACUUCUUUUUUAUGCCACAAGUACUCUUAUUUAA